AAGCUUGUGUUUGCGCGCUAUCCAAAUAAAAGACUAUGCAUGAAUACAGUUGAGCACAGAUAAAAAGUACACCAUUUAGUGCAGUAUUUGCCAUGUCCAUUCACGCACUGUAACCUGCAGAGUGAUUUUGUGAAUGGGUUCAGGGGAAUCAUUGAAAUAGAUCAGCGUUCGCAAGUGAAACUUAACUGGCUUGCGAUUGGUUAGUGUUGCAAAUGCCGCCACCAGCCCAUGGUCGUUCGGUGAUUUGAUUGGAUUGUGGAGCAAUCACCAGAGCAGAGGUUUGCUUUUGCACCAGUGAGAAGGGAGAGGACUUCCCCUUGGACCGGGUCGUGGUGGUCUCGUCCUGUCCCCGUGCUUUGGGUGAAACGCUGUGCGCCGUCUGCUUCAAAGCAAAGAUCCUAUAGCAAGCUUUGCUUCAAAGAUCCUAUAGCUAUAGCUAAGGAUCUUUGGUCUGCUUUGCUGCGGGAGGGAUGGCUGCGCGUCUGCGGCAGAAUAACAAAUGCACUGUUAUCGGGGGCUCUGGAUUUCUGGGCCAACGACUCGUGACGAAGCUUCUGGAGAAGGGAUACCAUGUUAAUAUUCUGGAUAUUAGAAAGCCAUCUGCGAUUGAAGGAGUUCAGUUUUUCAGUGCAGAUCUGUGCUGUAAGGAGGAUAUACUGCCAGCGGUUCAGGAUGUGAGCAUUGUAUUUCACUGCGCCUCUCCACCACCUUCCAGUGACAACAGAGAACUCUUCUACAAGGUCAAUUACACGGGGACCAAAACCAUAAUUGAAGCCUGUAAAGAAGCUGGUGUUCAGAAACUGGUGCUAACAAGUAGUGCUAGUGUUGUAUUUGAAGGUACAGACCUAAAGAAUGGCUCUGAAGACCUACCGUAUGCUAAAAAACCCAUCGACUACUAUUCACAAACAAAGAUCUUACAGGAAAUGGAAGUUCUCAAUGCCAAUGAUCCAGAUCAGAAUUUCAUGACAAUCGCAAUUCGUCCUCAUGGCAUUUUUGGACCACAAGAUCCACAUUUAGUCCCUGUCCUUGUACAGGCUGCAAGGAGUGGCAAGAUGAAAUUUAUGAUUGGUAACGGUAAGAACCUGGUAGACUUUACCUAUGUUGAUAAUGUUGUACAUGGGCUAAUCCUGGCAGCAGAGAAUCUUCACCGAAAUUCACACAUCUCUGGAAAGGCUUAUCAUAUCACAAAUGAUGAACCGAUUCCCUUCUGGACUUUCUUAUCUGAGCUUUUGGUUGGAUUGAAUUAUGAUCCCCCAAAGUAUCACAUACCUUAUCUAUUGGCUUAUUAUUUGGCUGCCUUGCUUACAAUUUUACUAAUGCUGCUGAAGCCAUUUUUGACCAUUAAGCCUACAUUCACUCCCAUGCGAGUAGCAUUAGCAGGAACAUUCCACUAUUACAGCUGUGAAAGAGCAAAGAGAGAUCUGGGAUAUAAACCUGUCAUCUGCCUGAGUGAAGGAAUAAAGAAUACAAUUCAAAGUUUCACAUACCUCAAAAGAUUAAAAGAAUGAUAGUUUCAGUCAGUCAAUUAUCUGAUGUACUGCCUGGUUCUCAAUCACGUGGUAAUCAUAAUCAUACUUUAUUAGCCAAGUAUGUUUUGCAACAUGAGGAAUUUGAUUUGCCAUACAGUCAUACUAAUAUACAGCAACAGAACACAAAAUACAUUUUAACAUAAACAUCC